UUUCAAGGUUACCAGUGAUAUUUAGCGCAACCUCCAACUUAUUUACAAUGUCUUUGAGUGAAAUAGUCGAGAAUGUAAAGCAAGCGAGGGAAUUGGCUUUGCUUGGGAAUUACGAAAGUUCGUUAACAUAUUAUUCUGUUGGUCUUGCUCAGCUUAAGAAGUUCAUUGUUUCUAUUUCAGAAGCAAACCGAAAACAACAAUGGCAAACUGUACGGCAAGAGCUAACAGAUGAAUAUGAAUUGGUUAAAGAAGUCAACCAAACCUUAUCUAGUUUUAAAGUAUCUGAUGAUGAUUCAGGUUUAAGUGCUUUUACUGGCCGCUAUAGUUCCCGUUCAACUGUUGAAGAACCAACCAGAGACCCAGAUGUUUGGCCGCCUCCCCCUCCCCUAGAACGGAGACAUGGAAAUAGUUUUCAAAAUUCUGGGUCAAGUGUCCAACCAAAUCCAGCUUCUGGUUCUUAUUACAAACCACCCGUUGCUCAUACUCCAGCUCUCCCUCCUCCAUCUGUUAGUUCCAAGUCAACCGCUAGUACUGCUGGGUCACUUCGUCGCAAUGUCAAGCCUAGUCCGACGAAUGCUCGAUCCAAGGGUACUGUUCAACCUUCUGCAAACAAUCGUCGUGUCAAAUCUGGAUCUCAGUCCACUGGAGAUGCUACUACUACUAGUAGCAAUAGCAAUGAAGAGAAAUUUGAUGCCAGUGGGUACGACAGAGAUCUUGUAGAAACACUGGAACGUGACAUUGUCCAACGUAAUCCAAAUGUUCGUUGGGAUGACAUAGCUGCAUUAGAUGAUGCGAAGCGUUUACUUCAAGAAGCUGUAGUUCUCCCAAUGGUUAUUCCUGGUUUCUUUAAAGGAAUACGUAGACCAUGGAAAGGAGUAUUAAUGGUUGGUCCACCUGGUACUGGCAAAACAUUACUAGCUAAAGCUGUAGCAACAGAAUGUGGCACUACAUUUUUCAAUGUUUCCAGUUCUAGUUUAACAAGUAAAUGGAGAGGUGAAUCAGAAAAAUUAGUUCGUCUUUUAUUUGAUAUGGCACGUUUCUAUGCACCAAGCACAAUAUUCAUGGAUGAAAUCGAUUCAAUUUGUUCUCGACGUGGCGGUGAAUCGGAACAUGAAAGUUCUCGGCGUGUCAAAUCUGAACUUCUAGUUCAAAUGGAUGGAGUGACAGGAGCUACAGGACAAGACGAAGAUCCUACAAAAUCUGUGAUGGUUCUUGCUGCUACAAAUUUCCCGUGGGACAUCGAUGAAGCCUUGCGUAGACGUCUUGAGAAACGGGUCUACAUACCACUACCGAAUGUAACUGCGCGUAAAAUUCUAUUGCAAAUCAAUUUGAAAGAAGUUCCAUUAGCGGAUGAUGUAGAUUUAAACAAUAUAGCUGAACAGUUAGAUGGUUAUUCCGGUGCAGAUAUAACCAAUGUAUGCAGAGAUGCUUCAAUGAUGUCUAUGCGACGAGCUAUAGAAGGACUCUCGGUUGAGCAAAUCAAAGGCCUUAAUACUGCUACACUUAAUCAGCCGACACGAAUGGCUGAUUUCGAAGAAGCAAUCGGACGUGUGUGCAGAUCUGUUUCAGCUAGUGAUGUUGAACGGUACGAGAAAUGGAUGACAGAGUUUGGGGCUACAUGAAUUACUAAUUUAUUAAUACCAAUGUGGAAUUAUACCACUAUGCAUUGCACAUAUUCUAUCAGUCCGUGCAGGUUUUAGCUUGCAAAUAAAUCUAUUCAUAUGUCAUAUCACAAACCUAUGUAUCUCAGAUCAUCAGAUUACAUGAACACUGCAUUUGUGGCUCAAAUAACUGAAUAACAAAAUGCAACCUUUCACUUAAUUACGCUUUACAAUUGAAGAGAAAACGUAUCAGCUGCCUUGCUUUCUUUGUACUCAACACAGAAGUGUUGGUUUUCUCCCAUACUACUUACCUGUGAUGGUAUUGUUUUUUACUUUAUACAAAGUAUAGUGUUUUUUAUCUGACAAAUCAUGUGUAUCUUCCAGUUUUUGAAAAAUAGGAUAAAACAAUCUUUGUUUACCACUGUAUGGGUAUUCAUUAGCCACUUAUUCAUCUUACAGAACAAUUCAAUGGGAUUAUCGAAUUAACAGUUUAAUUGAGAAUGCAUGAAACAUUUCGACUGGGAACGGGAAAGCUGUGAUCGAUUCUGUAAUUUACCUCUUUGAUUAGAUAACUAUUUAUGAGUUGUAAAACAAUUGUGUAUUAUAGCGUUCUAAUUACAAAUGCAACAAUUCAACACAAUUUCAAUGAACAUUUUUAUGAAUAAUUUUAUCUUGAGAUUAGAAAUCGUCC